GUGUCGCGGUGGAGACCGCCGGAACGGAUCCAGCGGGUGUCCGGUUCCUCUGGAGGCUGUCAGAAGGCAAUCAAGAUCCAUCGCCGCCCGGAAAUGCCGGAAAGUCAAGGCGAGGCGCGGACGUGAGGGCUGAUCCGAUGAAUGGGGCUCAGCUCUGGCACAGUUUUCCACCGAGGGAAAUCAUGACAGGAACAUACCGAAGAUCGAAAGCGCGUACGAAGAUGAGGAGCAAUUCGCCAGGGGCGCGAGAUCCCCCGGUGAAACAGCCGACGACGAAAUUGGCGCGCAUGACGUGGGCUGCGCGAACUUUUCCGUGAGGAUGGGCACCAACGCGACGAGGGCCUGGAAUUCGAGCGCCGGGGGCGGCUUUCUGCGGGGCGCCGGACACCGGGUCACCUUCGACCCCGAGGCACCGCCGCCGCCGCCCGAAUCGGCGCAGCAGCAAACAAUGAACCUCCUCGACAAGCCGAAGGAUGACUACAAGGUCAAGAGGCACAGUAUCCACGGCAUGAACGAGGAAGAGAACGUCGUCAGGCCGCACCAGGAAAUGGCCAGCCUGUCCUGCCAUGAGAAGAAGUACCUUCUCGCGGUGGAACGCGGCGACGUGGCCUCCGUCAGACGGAUGCUCCAGGGUGCGCAGAAAACCGAAAUGAACAUCAAUUGCGUGGAUCCUCUGGGGCGGUCGGCCCUUCUGAUGGCGAUCGAUAACGAAAACCUAGAAAUGCUGGAGCUGCUGCUCGAGCACAAGGUCGACACCAAGGACGCGCUACUCCACGCCAUCUCCGAGCAGUUCGUCGAGGCGGUCGAGGUCCUCCUGGAGCACGAGGAGACCCUCCACAGGAACGGGGAGCGUCACAGUUGGGAAGCCGUGCCGCCGGACACGGCCACCUUCACGCCCGACAUCACACCCCUGAUUCUGUCCGCUCACAGGGACAAUUACGAGAUUAUUAAGAUCCUUCUGGACCGUGGAUCCACGUUGCCCAUGCCUCAUGAUGUUCGCUGUGGGUGCGACGAAUGCGUGACGUCCAGAAAGGACGAUUCCCUGAAGCAUUCCAGAAGCCGGAUCAACGCCUACAGGGCGCUGGCUUCGCCGUCCUUGAUAGCUCUAUCCUCAAAGGAUCCUAUUCUGACUGCCUUUGAACUGUCCUGGGAACUUCGAAGGCUCUCCUUCCUCGAGCACGAAUUCAAGUGCGAAUACCAGGAGCUUAGGAGACAGUGCCAGGACUUCGCCACUGCCUUGCUCGAUCACACCAGAAGUUCCAAGGAGCUGGAGAUCCUACUGAACCACGACCCCACCGGGCCGGCUUUCGAACACGGCGAGAGGAUGCACUUGAACAGACUCAAACUUGCCAUUAAAUUCCGCCAGAAGAAGUUCGUGGCGCAUCCCAACGUGCAGCAGCUACUCGCAUCGAUUUGGUACGAGGGCCUGCCGGGUUUCCGGCGGAAAAACAUGGUCCUGCAGGCGGUGGAUAUCGUCAGGAUCGGCAUCCUUUUCCCGUUCUACAGCGCCGCGUACAUCAUCGCGCCGCACAGCGUGGUCGGGCAGACCAUGAGGAAACCGUUCAUCAAGUUCAUCUGUCACUCGGCCUCCUACUUCACCUUUCUUUUCAUGUUGAUUCUAGCUAGUCAAAGGAUAGAGAGCUUCAUUAGCAGCUGGAUGGGUCAGGACGUCCCGGAGACGUUGCCGACGAAAAGGGGUGCUGCGCCAACGAUCGUCGAAUGGUUCAUCCUGGCCUGGGUGUCCGGCCUGAUUUGGUCCGAGGUGAAGCAGUUGUGGGACGUAGGGCUCGAGGAGUACGUGAACGACAUGUGGAACGUGAUCGACUUCGUCACGAACUCGUUGUACGUCGCGACCGUCGCGCUCCGGGUGGUGGCUUAUUACAGGGUGCAGAAGGAAACCGAGGGACAGGCGGCUGGAACCGUGACCGAGCUGCAACGGGAACAGUGGGACACUUGGGACCCGAUGCUCAUAUCCGAGGGACUCUUCUCUGCCGCGAAUAUCUUCAGCUCGUUGAAACUCGUCUACAUAUUCUCCGUGAACCCCCACCUCGGACCCCUGCAAGUCUCCCUGUCCAGGAUGGUUAUGGACAUUAUGAAAUUCUUCUUCCUCUACGUGUUGGUGCUGUUCGCAUUCUCCUGCGGUCUGAACCAGCUGCUUUGGUAUUACGCCGACAUGGAGAAGAAGCGUUGCCCGACAGCGACGCCUUUCACCCCUAACACCAACAUGACGACUGACUCGAACGCUUGCAUCGUGUGGCGACGUUUUGCGAACCUCUUUGAGACCUCGCAGACCCUCUUUUGGGCGGUGUUCGGUCUAGUGGACCUCGAAAGCUUCGAAUUAGACGGCAUCAAGCCGUUCACCAGGUUCUGGGGUAUGCUGAUGUUCGGGACGUACUCGGUGAUCAACAUCGUCGUUCUGCUGAAUCUUUUAAUCGCGAUGAUGAAUCACUCCUAUCAGCUGAUCUCCGAACGCGCGGACGUCGAAUGGAAAUUCGCCAGGAGCAAGCUGUGGAUCAGCUAUUUCGAGGAGGGCGGAACGGUACCGCCGCCGUUCAACAUAAUACCGACCCCGAAGAGCGUCUGGUACAUAGGCCAGUGGAUGUACCGGAAGCUUUGCGGCCACAGUCGCGCUGCCAAGAAAGAACACAUGAGGACGAUCAGGAGAAAAGCGAAACAGGCGUCGGAAAGGGACUUCCGGUACCAGAGCAUCAUGAGGAACCUGGUCAGGAGGUAUGUCACGGUGGAGCAGAGGAAAGCGGAGAGCGAGGGCGUCACGGAGGACGACGUGAACGAGAUCAAACAGGAUAUCAGUGCGUUCCGGUACGAGCUGAUCGAGAUCCUGAAGAAUUCCGGGAUGAACACGUCCACGGCCAGCGGUGCUGGCACCGACGGUAGCCUUAAAGAGCUGUCCAUAGGUGCGGGCGGUAAGAAGAACCGUCAGAAGGAGCGUCGAUUAAUGAAGGGCUUCAAUAUCGGCCCCCAGCCGGGCGGAAGUGGCAGCCUGCCGCCGGUUGACGAAUUCGUUGCGUCGCAGCAGCAGGUUCAGCAAGAGAACGGUCAGGACCUGUUCGGCUCCACUCAGAGCGGGAUAUACGGGCCUGGCACCACGCCCAAGAAAAGUCCCCACAGCACUAGCACUAACAGCGUGCCUGGACUACCUUGCCAGCGCGGGAUAAGAAACGGCUCGAGGAAGAAAGGAUGGGGGAACAUCAUCGAGUCCGCUAGAAGCAGCAAAGUCUCGAGGAUAAUUAAUAGAUCUCGUUCGGAGGACUCAGUGUACUCGCGCGGCUCCGAGGACGCCGGUUCAAGGUCGGAGGGAUCGACGGACUCAAAGUCCUCGCUGGAGGCCGGCGGCCACGAGGUCCAGCCCCAUCAUUCGCAUCAGUCCCAGCAGACGCAUCAUUACGAUGCUCGCCACAUGCUCGCUCACGGCCUAGACGCCCUGGCGACGCUGCGGAAGAACCCGGUGCAGACGAUCGCCUCGACCUUCGUGUCGAAGGUCUCCAAGAGGCAGCCGCUGUACAGGGCGAGCAGCGUGCCAACCAGAGGACCGGAACUGAACCAGCAAACCCUGCCGCCCAGGAGGCACGAGGCGACGCAGAGUCAACAGCCUAGCCUGGACAACCCCGACGGCGCGAGCAUCAGCGAGCAACCUGCAGUGGUCACCGCCGCCCCGCUGACUCCGUCCACCACCGAGGAGAGCGUGGUGGCCAGCGGUUCUCUGUCGGUGACGCUGAAGAGGAACGGCUCGGCGACGCAGCUGCAGCGGCUCCCGGGGAUCGAGCCGAUAUCCGGCCACGACAAGACGGACAGGUGGCUCUGAGACGAUCCCCCGGUCGCCGUCGCGCGACGUGUCAGCUAGCGGCGCGGGGGGUCGCGCGCGUCGACGGGUGUUUUCCGAGAUUUCCGUUAACCAGCAGCCGCGGACGCUGCGACGGCGGCACCGCUCGCGGACAGGAGGACCACCACCGUCAUCGUCGGGUCCGUCGAUCGCGUGGCCGUCGUCGCCGGCACACGCACAACGAUGCCUUUCUCGCGACGACAGGAGACUUCGCCGAGACUAAACGCAGAAUUACGAGAAACAAACACAAAGAAACUAUAUUAUAUUAUACUAUAUAUAUAUAUAUUAUAUAUAUAUAUAUACAUAUAUUACACGUAAGCGACGUCGACCGUGAACCACGAACAACGCCCGCUCGUUGACCCACCGGCGAGCCCUUUUCCUUUCAAUACGGAGUCUGACAUCGGUUUCACGCUGGCGAUCCGCAGGAAUAAGUGAGGAGGAUUGUUGUCUUUGUAGCAGAUGGGUUUUAACGAUUAUUCGUGGUUUCUUCGUUUUGAAAUUAACACAUUGAGCGCCGUGAAAACGCCGGACUCUGCGUUUUGAUGGUUCAAAAGUGGAGAAAAGCAAGGACACUCUUUCACCUGCAACGCUCAGCUUUCGACGCAUGAUCAUUGACAUACGCUAAGGCUUUAGCGUUGCGAGCACAAGAUUUCAAUUGUCUUCACUUUUGGACCAAAGCUCGGCUUGACUAAUGUGACCUCUAAGUAUCUAGGAGUAAUUAAUGCAAGACAUAGAACAAGAGAAAGAAAGAUGUUUCUCCCAAAAUUUCCAUUGACUUAUAUUACAAUUGUUACAUUACACGAUUCUGAAAUGCAUCACUCUACAGAAUAAACUUAACACAUUGAGCGCCGGCCCCGCAGUAAUGCAAUUAAAAUACGUUGUUGGCGUUCAAUGUGUUAACACUUAGGCGACCGCCUGAAAAGAACUAUAACUACAAUCUCCUCCAUUAUCUUCAAUUGAACUCUUUCAGUGAAUUCGGUUAGAAAUUGUUUUGUAAAAACAAGAACCGUAUUUGAUGAAUUGCAAAUAAUCCCACUUCAAGACUUACUAAAUAACGAAAGAGAAGAUAUACCCCCAUUCGAUUGGCUGAGUGUUAAAAAGACUAUUGUUUCGGGGUUGCCGAAGUAAUUAAUUCGGAUAGAUGAAUUAUAAAUUAAUAACAUGCAGUUUUGAGGUUGCUAUAGGAUUUCAGAAAGUCAACUCGGUAGUGUUGAUUGUUCUUUGUUCUUUGAAUCAGUUUGUUUUGAUAUUAUGGAAGUUGAAUCAGGUUGUGCAGAGAUCAUUUUUAAGGUUGUUGAUGGUAGGAGGAUGUGGGGUAAUGAGUAAUUAAUCAUUUUGAUCGUGAGUUGAUUAUUUUGUAGGUAUCCGUUGGUUUUCUACCGAGGAUUUAUUCAUCGGAUAACCACGAAGCAUUUUGUUAAGAAGAGUUUGCUUUCCACGUUUUAAUGAUGUCUUGUUGGAAUUGGAGGAACGUCGCAGGAUGUUCCUGUUCGUGUAAUUAAUGAACGCACAGGAUGCACCGGGAUGUAGCGUGGAAGACAAAUGGCGGCAUGGAAAACGCAGAAUCACUGUUUCCUCGACGGGAAAAUCGCCGGCGUGAAACCGCAGCGACUUUGACACGAGCGACGCUCGUCGAUCACGCGCGAACUUCCUCAUAUUUCAGCGGAGAUGAACUUUCACCCCCACGCGUGCCCACGUGGACACUCCCGCGCGACGAUCCGGGAGUUUCUUAACUGCGUGCGGCUGAGAAGUACUGAAAUUGUAGCUAUACGAGUACGAGAUUAUGGGUAGUCACAAUGGAAAUUGGUGGAGCAUCCAAUUUUUCGAAUGGAGAUGAAUGUUGAGUCUUGACACGUGACAGAAUAGUCUAACCCCUGUUUUCGAGGAAAGAAGAUUCAAUGAAAUCUUGGAUUAAUUGUACAUUGAUAUAAUUAGUAUUACAGUAAUACUAAUAAUAUUAUUUAUUAUGAAUUAUUGAUAUUAGUAACUGUAAUACUGAUUGAGUAAAUACAUUACUGAUAUUGCAAUGCUACUAAUAAUAUCAAUUAUCAAUAAUCAGUAAUUGUAAUAUCAAUAUUUCUUUCAUCUAAGAAUAUUUCACAAAAGCUUCUCUCUUAGAAACUCAGAAUUUCGUUACGAUUACAAUAAUGUUUGUUAUAUUACUUAUUAUUUAUUAUCAAAAUUGAAAUUCUAUUAAUAAUACCAAUUAUCAAUAAUUAACAUCAGUAAUUGUAACAUCAAUAUAACGUUUCACAAAAGCUUCUCCCUUAGAAACUCAGAAUUUCUUUACUAUUCCAAUAACGCUAAUAACAUUACUUAUUAUUCAUUAUCUAAAUUGAAGUGCUAUUAAUAACACCAAUUACCAAUAAUCAAUAUUAAUAUUACAACAUCGAAUUCAAUUCAUCCAAGAACAUUUCACAAAAUCCAGAAACUCAGAAACAGGAGUUAGACCACUGUUAUUCCUACCGCCACGUAUACAUCACCGCGGAUAGUUAAACAAACGUCGUCCGCGGUGCAGCAGUUGUGUUGCGCUAAACGAUCCGAGUCGAAAGGAGCGUUCUCAUCGGACCAGGUAUCUCGGGACGUUCAUCGUCGCCUCGAUCGGUCGCCGCUGAUACGAUUUUAUCUCACCCCGUGUCAUCCCACGAUCUACUACCGCUACUACUGCCAGAAUGGAAGGGGCAAGUGGGUCGACGAUCACUAGUCUAGUCAGCACUAGUCGGACGAUCUCGUACCAAUGAAAUUGGAAACGGUCGUCGGUCGGUUCGGAGUUGAACGCUCGAUCUUGAUCACUUCGAACCACUUUGAAACUGGACACUGUCGACGACACGAUCGCAGGUGACAGAUUGUAAUAUCGUAGACGAUACUCGUCGUGUCCUACUAUUGUUGUUAUUAGUAUGUUGUCCUUGUUAUUCCCAGUCGUUGCGCGAUCACUGGGAAUUAAUGUUAUACGUGGACAGAGGAUGUUCAUGGGAGUACAAGAUUUCGGAGGCCGAUGUCUUUCCGUUGCAUUUACGAGACAGUUAACGGAAGGAAUCUGUUCGGCGCUUGUGACGGUAAUUGGCGCGUAAAGGAUAUAAAUUUGCAGGGACGUCGGCGGUCUAUUUGUCACUCAAACGAGCCGGCUCGUUAGGGGCCUCGAAAAAUAGAAUAUAUCAGAGUAAUGGGCUAGUUAUGAGGCUCAUCGUUUCCAAGCUAUUCUCUCUCGAGUUUAUUCUAAUUUGUGGAGGUCUGGGAUUUAUCGCGUGCAUCUAUCUGGCGAACACUAUUGAAACGUUUCGUUCUGUAAUUAAAUUUGGUAACGAGUUAACACGUUGAACGCCGCACGAUUUCAUCGAGCAAAGUACAAAAAAGGGAAAAAAUACAAUAUUAAAUCAUUCGACUGAAUUGGAUUAUUAUCAUUGCACGCACCGCAAUGAGUAUCAUUAUUUAUAGUAUAGAAAUGUUUGCGAAUGAUUAUCGUUUAAUUGAGUGAAUUAUAGUAGUUUGAUUUGCUCGGGGGUCACCGGAGACCCCCAUGGCACUCAACGUGUUAAAGAGUACUUGUGGAAAGUACUUCAAGAUUCAAACGUGAAACCUUUAACCCUUUGCACUCGAGAGGUCUCUCUCACCACUUGAUUUCAUACAGUAAAACUAUAAAAUUCAAUAUUUAAUAUUAUAGUUCGUAUACUGAAAUAUUGAAAUAAAAUAGCUUUGUUCCUCAAUGUGCGUGUGACAUCUCGAGUUAUUUUCAUCUCAUCGGAAAAUGUUAAAAUAUUUCUAGUGAACUUCCGAGUGCAAAGGGUUAAUAUUAAACGUUGCGUGACGUCAUCUUCCAAUAUUAUCAGUAUUAUGAACGACUAUCGCUGACAAUUUGCAAAAGGAAAAUUGCAACCGUACACUACAGAACAAUAGAAACAUUUUUGUUACAGUUUUCUACGAGAAUCCUUCAAUUUAUAAACGAUUCGUAAAAAGAAAAUGACUAAUUCGCGAGGAAAGUGGAUAACCGUGAUGAUUUCUGAGUAAUUCGAUGAGUAAUCCUGAUCUCGAGCGAACAAUCGAUUCCGAGCCGACCGCGCCGUCUCCGCGUUAAAUCGUAAGAAUCAGUGACUACUUAUAAAUACACUAUAAAAACGGGAGAACAAAGAGAAGGAUUGUUAUCGUCGUUUUAGCGGAGUCGCGUACACGUCGAAUUUAUCCUAGCCGCUUCAGGAAGCUGGUCUACUGAAGAUCGGAGCUUUUUCUAUCGCCAAUCGGAUCAGAAACGUGGCGUUUCGUACUUUUUUAUUUUCGCCCGUUCAACGAACUCUAGUCGGAUCAACCGCGAUCGAACGUUUCUUUCCCCGUCAGCCCCGGGAACCUGUCUCUUCUCCAGCGCCGACAGCGAGACACCUCGAUUAUCCGAACCGUAGUCAACCGACGAUCGAACCGUACGCUUAAUUAACCCUUAAAUUGGCAUCUCGAAACAUUCUUCCGCGUAAUUUCACUCGAUUCCCGUGAUAACUUAACGGAAUCGCUUCAAAUGUUUAUUUCUUCGACACUUGCAUUGAUUUUUCCUUCGGAAACAAAGGAUCUACAUGAGAAUAUUUGUAAUAUUUGGACAAAUCCCGACUCAGUUGCCAACGCAAGGGUUGAUUUCGAGUAAUCGAGGCACCGGGGCGCACUAGUCGACUGAAAGAAUGGAAGUUCUCCUUGAGAAUCUGGGCGGCUUUCGAUCGACUUUCUCCUCCAUAGUGAAAAUCGUGUGGCGGAUGGAAUCCGCUGACUAUAGAGACAAAGGGAUCGAAAUGAAUUCGCCUUAACGCGUUCGCUAUUUUUCUACGAUAACAUUCAUUGCAGAAAAGCUUUUAAAUAAAUCCAUCUUUUCGUUCACUAAAUGGCAAAUUUCUGCAGAAAAUAAAUUUCUUAAUCCAUCGAAAUAAAUUGGAGACGAAUAAUUCUUGAAUAAAUUUAUAAACGUAUGAAAGACAGUAUUGAACGAUGUGGGAAGAUCGGUAGCGAACGCGUCAGUUUUCAAGGAACGUUCAGUAAAGGGAGCUUCCAAUUUCUUUUCGCAGCGACACACCGUCGCUCGUUCG